ACCUGCUUUCGUGGUUCAUGUCCGAACGACGGAUUGGCGAUUGUUGUGGUCAUUAGGUUAGGUGAGUGAACGUUUCUCUUCGGAGUGAGAGGGUAAUUGAACGCGUUGGACGCGCGUGAAUUAUCGCGAAGGAAGAGGCCGACGCGGGCGCGAUUGAGCGAGAUAACCGCGCGUCGCUGUCAUUCUCUGUCGCGGUCUUCUCUUUUUUUCCUCACGAUAACGUAUCAAAGGUGUUGGAAAGUGGCGCUUCGUCGGGCACCGAUUAGACAGAUUUAUGACUCCUACGCGGGUCGCCGUGACGUUUAUGAGACGGCAAAGAUGGUUACCAUGCAAGAUAUACGUUUGCAGCUUACCAAGCCAGUGAGAGAGUUGGCGCAAUGGGACUUUCCCUUUGCGCAGACUCUGGAGCAGUAUUGCUCUCUAUUCAAUAAGACGUGCAAUAAGAGUUUCGGUGAGGCCGGGCUUGUUCUACAAAGUUCCACGGCUGUGUACGUGCAUAGGCUCGAUUCUCUCUGGACUAAGAUUGAAUACAGCAGAAAUUUGUUAGCGGCUCAAGAGCAAGAAGAGGCGACAAAGAAUCCCAGUAAAAAGAGAGAUAGAAAGACUGAUGCAUGUUUUCAUAAAUUUAAAACGAUAAAUUUUGCAGAAGACGUAGAUAAAAACAUUGACAUUAAGAAACAUGUAUCACACGAUUGUCUAAAAUCAAAAAGCCGCCGAUUUGCUCAAUUAGAGAAGAAUAUCUCUCAACAUGUUUCUAUCGACAUUUAUGAUAUAAAUGGAGAGACCAUUGGUAAAAAGUACGAUUUCCGAUGUAAUCAGAAUUUAAAUAAAGAUGGCAAAUUGGUCGACGAGUUUGCACCUGAAGAUUUUUAUUGUGACGACGAUGUCUCUGUUAAAGAAAAAUCUUACAGACUUUCGUGUGAUGCAGCGUCAUGCACAGAAUCAUCUGCGCAUGACGAGAGUAAUGAAAAUGUUAACACGUUCGCCGAGUCCGAGAGAGACGAUGAUUCGCCGGAAGACGAGAUCUCAGAAUUGAUGAUGUCUUUGGAGUCGAGCCAACAUAAUCUCUCGUCAUCCACAGAUAUCGGGACCGACAACACGCUUGUCAAAACGCCAAUGAAUAUUUCAGGCGAUAGUAGCUUACAUGAUAUGACUCUCACGAAUCUGACGUGCCCGAACACACCGACCGACACAAAUUCGCCGAUAACUAAUAUCGACAAUACUAUUUCGAAUAACAAUGAUUUAGAGGAUCAAUGCUUGAAUAAUAACAUCAAGGGAACUAUAGACGUCGGCAGUCUACUGGACAGCCCACCUGAGUCGGUGAAUUCGAAAGGGAGAAGAACUUCGUCGACGGACGAUCCGGCAUUAUUAAGCGACACAAACGGAGAUGCAAAUUCAUGCGUCACUCCUGUACAAAAUACCCCUUUGAAUGGCAGUAAAAAGAAUCAGAUCCAGCGACGUUCCACUGCAAAGUCCAACUCGAAACUGUUGAAGAAAAAGCUACCCGCGUCGUGCAAAAAACAGCAAAGUAUUACGAAGAGAAAUCUCCUGCAUGCAUUGGUGGAUCCGCUUUAUUCGCGAAGAGGUAGACCAAAUAUGUUCAAGAAAGGCUCGCGUGCUUGUAUGAAGUGCAUACGCGAGUGCGAUCCUUUCCAAUACGAAGACGUGACGAACGCAGAGCUGAAUCUUUUAGGAUUUCGGUUGCACGUUAAUACGUUACCGGACGCUUGUAUCAACGAUGACGUAACGGCGAAUAACGACAAUGAUAAUGUAACGAGUUCGAUCGAUGAGGACAGAGGAUCGAUUUCGGAGAGUUUUCACAGCCCGAGCCCUACGUGCAUGUCGCCCUCGCCUGAAAGUUUCGGUGGUUUCGUUCCGCUUCGAUCGGACUCGCCGCAGGACUGGUUGGUAAAUCGACCGGCGAUUGAUGGCUUGGAUAAAAGAGUCAGCAAGUGGCACGACAUGAUACAGCCUAAGUUGCGCGACGCCGAGAAAAGAGCGACAUUUUGUAUUCACGAUUACGCGUCGCGAAUUAUGGAGACUCUGAAGACGAGCGGCCAAUGUAAGAUCAACUUCGACACCGUUGUUCAAAAGGAGCACCCUUGUGAGGUAGCCAGAUACUUUUUAGCGUCGCUGGACUUGGCCGCGAAGCAAAAUAUAGAUAUAAGCACGAGCGAAGAUCUCGAGCAUAAUAUAGAAAUCGUCCUCCCCGAGGAUAAGCAGUGUUCCACUAACAAUCCAGCGGAUUCGCACGAUUAACGAUACAUUCUUUAAUUACAA